AUGAUUAUUAUUAUUAUUAAUAUUAUUAUUGUUAUUGUAGCAAUCGCUGAGGUCUACAAAAAUGAGGGCAACGAUGAGUACAAGAAGAACAAUUUUAACAGCGCCAUUCACUUCUACACGGAAGGAAUUAAAGUGAAUUGUAAAGAUGAAGAACUGAACGCCAUACUGUACAGCAACAGGGCGGCGGCACGUUUUAAUUUGGGUGAGAAGUUGCUGUUAGUUGUCUUAAAUAUCUUUAAUUUCGUUUUGCCUAUCGGAUUGUUUUGGGGGCAGGGAAGAGUAACAACUGCUAUAAGUAUUAGCAGUGAUUAUAUGAGUACUGUGGUCAAAUGGUUCUAUCGUCUUUUUGCAUUCAUUCUUUCACAGGUAAUUACACUGAAACACUGGAUGAUGCAAAAAUUGCCGUGGGCCUACGACCAUCUUUCUUGAAAGCUUUUGUGCGAGGUAAGUUAGCUAUAGUCCCGUCGUCAAAGUUCAGUGGCGAAUCCAGGGGGGAGGGUCUUUGGGGUGUUGAUUCCCCCAGUAUAUCCGACUGAUCAAGUACUAAGCCAACUAGCUGCUAUAAAACUGAAACAGUUACCCCUGCAUGGUCCUGAAUUGUCGCAUACAACUUCCACUUCCUGGCUGAGAAACAGAACUAAUGCUUUUUCAUGUUGCCUUUUAACCGUGGGACUUGAUCAAAUUAAUUAAAUCUGAACAGAGAAAGUUCAUCAUUUAACAAUUUUAACACAAGAGGCGAAUGAUUUUUAUGAGUAGAAUGUUCCGUGUUCACAUGUACUGUGGUAAAAAAAAAAAACAGUGUGUAACGACGUAGAAGGAUGGAAGUUACUGGCUUCAACUGGUGUUCAGGUUGGUCCCUCCUAAGCAAAAAUACCUGGAUCCGCCCCAGAAAUUUCUUUCCAAGUUAGGCCCUGUUUACAUGGAGUGGGGGACCCCGGUCUAGUGGGGUAGGUUUCUUUUGUUUUGUGUCCCCCAGAGCGUGAAAACAAAAGAAACCAACCCCACUAGACCGGGAUCCCCCACUCCAUGUAAACAGGCCCUUAAUUAGCCAUUGAAAAGCUUGUGGCCAACCAAACGGACUGUAACCAUGGUAACCUAAUGUUCAUCACAAUAUCAAAAAUUUCCGAACUUAGUAAAAUAUACUCCGUUGCACGUCGGUAAACUCUCCUCCAACACACCAGUCAACCUAUGGAAAAGCCUCUCUUCUCUCCGAGUUGUUAACGAUGUCCUCAUUUCCCUCGCUUAACAACAAACGUGAAGUUCUGCCAGUACUGUUUUAACGUUCAGCUGCAGCUGUAUUAACUAUGACCCUUUGACUCUCUGAUGGGUCUGGUGUACAGUAGGUUAAGCCAGCUUAUAUCUCUUCUCUAUCACAAGCUUCCACUAAAAUAAAGCUGCUGCCGCUGUUUAUCACAUGAUAGCGUAGGAUAUCAUAACAAGAGUAAUGUUUGUAAAACUACGCAGUUAUCGCUUCAAAAAAAAUGCUCAUUAGAUCGAGGCAAUGUUGGCUGUGCAGUUGUGCAGUUGAAAGGAUCUGUGGACUGUUCCAUGCACAUGAUUUUUUUUUCGCGUAGUUUUCUCUUGACUUUCAUCACCCACACAAAUUUUCAAAUAGUCCUUCCCUUGGUACAACAAACAAGAUAAUCAGCAUUGAAUACACCAAAUGUGUUGGAGCUAAACUGUGCUUUGUGUAUUCACAGGUGCAAGUGCCUGCGUUCAGUUGAAAAAGUUUGACGAAGCCAUCACUUGGUGUGAUAAAGGAUUAGCAGUAUCCUUUCCUAAAGUUGAUAGAAUAGAUUUGGAGUCAAUUUCCCUGACGUAACCAAGAGAUCUCUUCGAAUCUUGCCUCCGCCCGUUUAAGAGAAAACACCGCGCGCUUAGCGCCAGCGCCCUAGAAUUCGAAGAGAACGCUCGGUUUCUAAGACUUAACGAAACUGAAUCAAAACAAAGGCUUUGGUACAAAAAAGUGUAUAUAAGUGAAAGAAUGAACCAACAACAACAACAACAAGUUUAUGUCAAAUUAAAUAUAGCUUACAAAGCUUGUGCCCGCAAUUAGCGAAGGCUAUUCGAGGCGGGUACAAGAGAAAAAAGAAAAUUGUAUAGAUAGAUAUAUAAAUAUAUAUAUAUAGAUAUAUAUAUAUAUAUAUAUAUAUAUAUAUGUUAAACGAACAAUCCGAGAAGCAAUCUAGUUUGUCGUGUGGUUUAUAGCCAGAGUGAGACAGGAAGGCAGACUGUACGUAUACUUUAUACGGAAGUACACCAUGUUACGAUUUUGAGAAUUGGCCUGUAAUAUCAGAAACUCUAAUAUAGUCGUCCUCUUUUUCCAGUAUUUGAAAGAGUUUUCUCUUUAGUUCGCUUUUGAAUUGAUUUUUUUUAAGUGUUUUGUUAGAAAGUGGAAUACUGUUCCAAAUUAAAGCACCGGAAAUAGAGAAGGCUCGCUUCAUAUUUUCAGUUCUAACUUGUUCAACAUAGUAAUUUUCAUAAGUAACAGAUCUAGUCCGGUAACUGUGGACAGAAGACAGAAGACUUAAGACUAUCUCAAUGUGAGAGUGCAACGGUAUAACACCAAAAUUUCGCAUAUUUUUUGCCCGGUUCGGUAGGGAUCACGGCAUCACAAAAAAAAAUGCACUUGCACUUUUAUUUGAGUGUCAAUGUAUUUAGCACGAAAGUACUAAUUGGGGACACUAUAUUUCACGUCUCCAACUGGAGACGCGACCGCCAUGCAUUUUACUCGGUCAUCCGAGCCACGCGAAGGUCUAGCCGCUUGCAGUGCAAAGGGAGUACCUUCAUUUCUCGGUUAUUUUAAGACCCUGAGUAUUGGUCCGGCCCCAGGAGUCGAAACCGCGACCUCCCGCUCUGCAGUCAACACGCUCUACCGUCUGAGCUAACACUGCCGCGGUUAUCAGCAAUACCUCAGCGUUCGAUUCAAGCUUGGCGGCGCCGAUUCACAAUACCAGUUUCGAUUCAAGGAUGGCUGAAUUGUCUAUUAACCACAUGCACGAAGUUGAUUUUGUGUUAAUUAUUGGACCGAGAUCUCGACAUACCGUUCUAGCUCGGCUCAUGAAAUUAGCCCCUUUCUUACGAAAGUAAUAGAUUCUUAUAAAAAAUGACCAGUAAUUAAUUGUGUUCGAGGUACGAGAACGCAACCCCUAAUUUGCGUUGGGUGUUCUGUGCAUUAUUGGGUUCCCUGUGCAAUUAAUAAGGGAGGUUUUUUCGAGAUUGCAUUUGUCGUCGUCGUCGACACACAUUUGCCUCGCUUUGAGGCGCUUGCUUACGUUUUGCCUCACUUUGACGAACUAACUCACGUGGUGAUUAGUGCGUCCUCAAGCGUUUGUAGAGGUCUUUUAUUCUGUCUUGGUAAAUCUUUUAAAAGUUUGCUGAAUCUUCGUAUAGCGUACAUAUUUCAAGAGUAUGCUGAAGGUCUACUAUCGAUCUGUCUUUGCUGAAUCUUUGAAAACGUUCAUCUUUAAAAAGUUUCGGCGGCCGUUGUGCCACAAAGUAAAUCUACCGAGUUGUGUAGCUCGGCGCCCGUUGUGCCACAAAGUAAAUCUACAGAGUUGUGUACUCGGCGGCCGUUGUGCCACAAAGUAAAUCUACCGAGAUGUGAAGCUCGGCGGCGCCGUUUCAUCAUGACUUGUGAUAUUUUCGGCACCGGACAAACGAACAUUUUAGGUCUAUGUUAUUUGUUCGGAAAAACUUAUAAACAGCCCACAGUAGCUCCACUCAAGUCACUGAAAUCAACACACUCGACCAAACUACUGCACUUACUGAGACGGACCAUACGAUAUCACUAGCCUUCAAGGCUUUUUCAUGAUGAUACACAGUUUAAACAGAGGUUUCGCUUUAAGCAAUCCUUACGUUUAAAAUAUGCCAUGAUCAAAUUAAAGCCCGGUUUCCAUAUGAUCGCUACCAUCGCUGUGAUCGCUGCGAUCCUGAGAAAAAAAAAAGACUUCUGGAUCAUAACGAUCAUAUGAAACCAUUCUCCAGCGAUCUCAGCUACAAUAAUCGCUGAGAUAUAAAAAGUUCUAUCUCAGCGAUCGUUGUCGCUGCGCUUGCGGGAGAGUGGUUUCCAUGUGAUCGCUGAACUUUUUUUUCUUAGCGAUCGCAGCGAUCGUAGCGAUCAUAUGGAAACUGGGCUUAAUCUAUCGCAAUAACCAUCCACCCUACCUGUACGCCUUACAAACAUACCGAACGCACUCUUCUAAGCUCCGAUUACUCCUAGUUUUAAAAGUAUAUCAAUCGGCUGCUUUCCAGUUACUGUACAGAUUUCCCCUUUUUUGUAUUAUGACUAUAUCCUUUUCUAUCACACGAGGCAUCCUCAGGCAAGAAAAUGUAUCCUCUUAUCAAAUUAGCAAACUUAAUUUUGAUAAUCGGGACGCUGCUACACAAAAAGAUAUUAUUGUAUUGAAAAUCAUUUGCAAUCAGAGACACUUAAUUUGGGGUUAUGUGACCAACGAAACGUUGCGUAAUUAUAAAUAGUAUCUUUCAAGUUGGGUAGCUUGCAAUUUUUAAAACUAUAUGAAAAUUAACUGAACAAUUUAACUACUUAAAGAUUGACCCGAAUAACCAGAAGUUGUUGGGAAUUCGGGACUCGUCCAUGAAAGAAAAAAGCAAACUGCAAGAAAGCCACCAAGAAAAGGUAAGGAUGAAAAAAAAUACUACACUCUUGGUUGUAGGCGGAUACCAAAUAAUCAGUUUCGGCCAGUGAAACAAAAACUUAGCAAGACGUCUGCACACGCAUGCUGGGUUAGAGCGAUUUUAAUUCGUAUGACCUUGAAAUGAAAACACGCGAACAUAACAGAAACAACAAACGAACCGAAAUAGGGCGAUUUGAUUGGUUUAUCGAACGGAUACGGUUGGUUGGUUGGUUGGUUGGUUAAGCGAACCCUCGGGUGAAAAAACUUCAUGUCCGAAAACGUUCAACAAAUUAACCAAUACUUCGCUUUGAUGUCAUACUGCAACGCGAUUGGCCAAUCGAACUAGCGUAUUCUUUUUUGGCGGGAAAACAAAGAGGUCAUAUUUUCAUCUUUUCAUCCCUUGGCUGAUAAAACAAAUAACGAACACUUACCGAUUUCAUUUUUUAAGGUCACACGAAAAUCACUCUAACUGCACAAGUAACGGUAUACACUAGGCGACAAGUCGAAGCAACGGCCUCGUCCUCAGUGUUGCAGCAACUUGUCGCUCGUCCUGUAGUGUGUUCCGACCAUUAUCUCUUUAGCGUUGGAAUGAAUGUGCGGGAAUUUAUGGGGAAUAAUUAAGAGACAAGGUAAGGAAUUUUGUGUAACAAGAGAAUAAAUUUUGACUUAGAAAAUAAAUUCUCACCCUUUUUUAUUAUUAAAUGGUCAAUAAUCCCAAACAUGAAGGCUUAGAAAUAUUUAAUAUGCUCCAGAAAAACGUUUCUGUUGAAUUCAGUCAAAGAAUAGGCAAAUAAUUGGGUGAUUUUGAUGACGUACUGAAAAGAUUAUUCUACUUGUUCAAACAUAUGUGUUUUAUGUGCAGAAUUCCGAUUCAGAUCCAGCCUCUUCGCGAAUGCGUAUCCGUUGAGAGAGUGAUUUUGGUAUCAUUACGCCCGAUUUUUCUUCUUCACUGUCAAAUAUGACCACAAGUUUCAAUGUUUCUAUCAAUGUCGCCUUGGGGAACAUAGAUAUUCACCAGAAACAGUAAUUACUGUUCCCCUUGGGUUAAUUAAUUAUCAAGGUAAUAUAUAGAUUUAGCCAGGGGUAAAAACAAAAUAUAAAAUCGUGUAAUGCUACGCGGCGAAGGCAAAGAGAACGGUGAAAAAACAACAAUUGGUCUUAAGCAAAAAAGCAACUUUGCAUGUACACCAGAGUCCUUUUUGGACAUUUCUUUGUCGUUGUUUUUCACGACUACAAAGUGAAACUUCUAGAAACUUCCUAGUUACACGUUUUAUGGAGGAAAUGUCUUAAGUGUUCUUGUCCACUUUUUUUUCACUGCCGCUCAUUUUUCAUCAUGGUGGCCGCUAACAUUUCUCAUUUUCUCACCGCCGCAACAAGUUUUUCAUGUUGUUCUUCCAACAAAAAAUGUUUCCUUUAGUAGAUCAAAAGAACUAUUUUUUUACUUAUUGCCAUAAUUAUUAGGAAUCUUAUUAGCUUGGCAUUGACAGAUAUUAAUUAGUUUUUGCAGGUGGUCGUGUUUGUGGUGUUAGAACUGGCCUAGGUUCUUUGGUACUUGUCUUGCGGCUGUGCGUAGGCUAAUCUAUUCCCUUACAAUAGCAAACCUAUUCCGGUCAGCUAACCCAAACAUGUCCAGUUUUGGCUAUAAAAACCGCUACUAUACUUGAACUAGUAAGUAGAGAUGAGUAGAAAAGUAGAAAAGAGUUACAAGAGUAGGAAAAUUAAGAUUGUUAGCAGAAGUCAAAGAAGAAUAAAGGCCGAGAUGUAAAUCAGAUUCCUGGUACCUCAUCGUGUAGCGAGCGAGUUGCUCGAACACAACCCCACAAUAGUUUGCCACAAACAUCUAUCCUCCAUUGCAUUUCUCAAUUCCUCAAACUCAAGCCCUGCGUCCUCCUUAAGCACAAUGUGUAGUUCUUGGGUAGCCCUCCCAUGUCUUUGUUACGGUGUCUAGAACUUACCAAAAGAUAACAACUGCUAAGUAUCUGUAGAGUUUCAGAUUAAGCAUCAAUGAUACAAAAAAAUUUGGUACCCGACUUGCAAUGUUUAAAACUUGCCUAAAACGGCGAACAUAAGACUGAAUGGGCGGCCUGUCGGAAACGGGCCUCGCAAAAUCAGAGUAACGACCUACCAAUAGAAGAGAAUUGUGGAGUUUUAGGUCCCUACUCUACAACAAUUUCAAGGCGUUCCAAAACUAAGAGUGCUAUCUUAUAGAAAUUUGAUGUUGGGUUUUUAGGCAAACCAUUUUUGCCACACUCGAUUGAGAAAAAAAAAACAGUCUAAUCGUUUUACUUUUUACACAUAACAACUGAAACGAUUGGUCGCUUACGGGCUGCCAGUUAACUUUAACUCACACUCCCUUAUAAACCCGUACCGUCUUUACGAGUUGCAAGGCACCGAGAAUGGAGUCUAUAAGAAUGAAUAAUAUACACCGCUUGUCAUCGAUGAAACUUAUUAUAAGCUUAAUCCAAUCAGAACACCGACUUGUACUGGAAUGUUUAUUAAACCUUCCUAAAUGCCUUCCAAUAUCUGCCGAUUUCUGUUGUAUUUCUUCUUUGACUAUUUGACCUUACCACGUUAACCCUUUUGGUUGAAUUUGAAAAAUUAAAAAGGGGGAUUCCGGCCCAACAGGUGCCUUACAGCGCAUAGUGCCGCGGUUAUAUCCAGGUAUAGAUUUUAAAUUUAAAAAAACCAUAAUGCAACAUGUGAUUUCAUACACUUUGCGUGAUUUGCUUCGCAGAGAACUGACGCGAAUCCGACACACACCAUUGGGAGCACUAGCAGUUCUAGUAGAAUUGACAACUUUGAAGGCAGAUCGGAAGAAGGAAAGGCUUAUGGCAACCAUAGAAACACUUUUGACAGUCUGGAAGAUUUUACAUCUGCCAGAGACUACUAUAAACGUCGCCUAAAAACUGCCAAAACAUUGGGUGACAGAUCGGGUGAAGGAGCGGCGUAUGGCUGUCUUGGCAUCUCCUGUCAAAGUCUGGGUGAUUUCAAAACAGCCAUAGACUACCAUGAACGUCAGCUGAAUGUUGCAAAAGAACUCGGUGAUAGAGCGGGAGAAGGGACUGCGUAUGGCAACCUUGGAUGCGCCCAUUACGGUCUGGGAGAUUUUAAAACGGCUGUAGACUACCAUGAACGUUGCCUUAAAGUAGCAAAAGACUUGGGUGACAGAUCGGGAGAAGGAAAGGCGUAUAACAAUCUUGGCAAUGCCCAAGACAGUCUGGGAAAUUUUAGAACAGCUUUAAAUUACUGUGAACGUAGCCUGAAACUUGCGAAAGAGUUGGGUGAUAGAUCCGCAGAAGGAGCGGCAUAUGGUAAUCUUGGCAUCUCCUAUCACAGUCUUGGAGAUUUCAAAACAGCCAUGUACUACCAUCAACGUAGUAUGAAAAUCGCGAAAGAAUUGGGUGAAAGAUCAAGGGAAGGAGAGGAAUAUGCCAAUCUUGGCAUCUCCUGUCACAGUCUGGGAGAUUUUAAAACAGCCUUAGACUACCAUACACGUUGCAUGAAAAUUGCAAAAGAGUUGGGAGACAGAUUAGCAGAAGGAAAAGCGUAUAAUAAUCUUGGCAACACCCAAUACAGUCUAGGGAAUUUUAAAACAGCCAUAGACUUCCAUGAACAAAGUCUGAAAAUUGCCAAAGAAUUGGGUGACAGAUCGGGAGAAGAACAAGCGUAUAGCAAUCUUGGCGGCGACCUCAACAGCGUGGGAAAGUUCAAAACAGCCAAAGACUACCACGAACGUAGCCUGAAAAUUGCGAAAGAACUGGGUGACAGACGGGGAGAAGGAAGGGCAUAUGGUGAUCUGGGAAUCGUCCAUCUCAGUCUCGGAAAUUUUAAAACGGCAAUAGACUAUCAUGAACGUCAUCUGGAAAUUGCGAAAGAAUUGGGCAACCGAUCAGGAGAGGGAAUUGCAUAUAGCAAUCUUGGCGACGCCCAUAACAGGCUGGGAAGUUUCAAAACAGCCAUAGACUACAAUGAACGUAGCCUGAAAAUUUCUAAAGAAUUGGGCGACAGGUUUGGAGAAGGAGAGGAAUAUGGCAAACUUGGCAUCUCACAUAGCAGUCUGGGAAAUUUUAAAACAGCCAUAGAGUACCAUGAAGGUCAUCUGAAAAUUGCCAAAGAACUGGGUCAUAGGUCGGGAGUUCAAACUGCGUAUAUCAAUCUUGGAUCCGCCCAUGAACGUUUAGGAGAUUUUAAAGCAGCUAUAGUCUACCAUGAACGGCAUCUGAAUAUUACGAAAGAGCUGGGUGGCAGAGCGGAAGAAGGAUAUGCAUAUCGUAAUCUCGGCAUCUGUCAUAGCAGUCUGGGAGAUUUUAAAACAGCCAUAGCCUACCAUGAACGUCAUCUGAAAAUUGCAAAAGAGUUGGGUGACAAAUCUGGAGAAGGAGCGGCAUAUGGCAAUCUUUUUUUUUCAUAUUAUCAUCAAUUACUGCCACCGCUUUUUUCGAACCUUUUUGUUACUAGCAGCAAUAUUCAUAAUUAUAAUACUAGAAGUUCCUCGCAUUUCCGUUCUCAUGCCUGCCGAACUAACACCAAACAAUUUUCUAUUUUGUUCCAAGGCCCUAAAAUUUGGAAUUCUUUACCAAACUCAGUCACUUCGAUUUUUACAUUGCAAUCGUUUAAAACGAAAGUUUUUGAUUUUCUACUAUAUCGAUAAUGCGUCUUGUACUGUCCGUUGUUGUGUGUUGUUAUAGUUCUAUUGCUUAAUAUUAUUGUAACGAGGGGGCCUCCUCGUACAAGCCUUGUGGUUUUCUGAGGUCCCCUCGCCACAUCUUUGUAUAAUGUAAUGCUUGUGUAAUCUUUAUUGUGGGAAAAUAAUAAAUAAAUAAAUAAAUAAAUCUUGGCUUUUCCCAUCAAAGUCUGGGAGAUUUUAAAACAGCCAUAGACUGCCAAGAACGUCAUCUAAAAAUUGCAAAAGAGUUGGGUGACACAUUGGGAGAAGGAAAAGCGUAUGGCAUUCUUGGCUGCGCCUUUCUCAGUCUGGGAGAUGUCAAAAGAGCCAUAGACUACCUAGAACGUUCUCUUAAAAUUGCGAAAGAAUUGGGUGACAAAUCGGGGGAGGGAAGGGCGUAUGGCAAUCUUGGAUGCGCCCAUGACAGUCUGAGAAAUUUUAAAACAGCCAUAGACUACCAUGAACGAUCUCUGAAAAUUGCGAAAGCUAUGGGCGACAGACCGGGAGAAGGAGGGGCAAAUGGCAAUCUUGGCAUCGCCCAUCAACGUCUUGGAGAUCUUAAAACAGCGGUCGUCUACUAUGAACGUGGACUGAAAAUUGCGAAAGAAUUGGGUGACAAAUCGGGGGAGGGAAAGGCGUAUGGCAAUCUUGGCCAGGUCCAGUACCUUCUAGGAGAUUUGAAGACAGGCAUAGACUACUUUAAACGUAACCAGAAAAUUGCAAAAGAGUUGGGUGACACAUUGGGUGAGGGAACAGCGUGUUCGAAUCUUGGUCAAUCAUUUGAAUUACUAGGCCAAUUUCCAGUGGCUAUUGAAUAUUACCAGACAGGAAUUACUUUCUUUAAUAACAUUAGAGAGCGUCUUCAAUUGAACGACGAGUGGAAAAUAAGCUUGCGUGAUCAAUACCAGACAGCAUACGCAGCCCUUUGGCGCUUGAAAUUAGCAGAAGGUAGCGUUACGGAGGCUUUGUUUUCUGCCGAGCAAGGACGCGCACAAGGUUUAAAAGAUCUUAUUGAAUUAAAGUAUGCCUUUGAAACGACGUAUGCUGGACCAGGUACAGCCAGAAUAAAAACGGUCAAUGAACUGCUCAGUGACCUUCCUCCAAAUACAAUUUUUAUAGCCUUUGGAAAGAGUGAAUUAAAUUUCUGGGUCUGCCAGAAAGGAAAGUGUGUUGAACUAAGAAAGAAGCAAAUCAAUUCGCGGGAUAAAGUCAACAGUUUCUUUCAGGCUAUUUUACAGAUUUUGCAGCAGGAAAUUGGAGCAACAGAUGUUUUGGAGUGUGAAGAUCGAUCACUUGAAUGGGCGAGGGAUAAAAGACUAAUAGCUAAAACAUCGCUCCAGGAUGACAGACAAACCCAACUCUUGGACCUUCAUAGCAGUGCCUUGAGUACAUUGUAUGACAUGAUAAUUGAGCCUAUUCAAGAUCUACUUUUGGGCAGCGAACUAAUAUUUGUUCCUGAAGGUUCACUUUGCUUGGCCCCUUUUGCUGCAUUCCAGAACCCAGAUUUCAAGUACCUUUGCGAGUCAUUCAAAAUUCGCGUGGCUCCAUCCCUCACCAGCUUGAAAAUGAUUGCGGAUUGUCCAGUAGAUUAUCAUCACAAGUCAGGCACACUUCUUGUGGGUGACCCUUUGACAGAGCUUCCACCGCUACCAUGUGCCAGGGAGGAAGUAGAAAUGAUUGGCAGAAUGCUUGGCAGUACACCUCUAAUUGGAACACAGGCCACAAAGGAUGAGGUUUUAGCCCGACUCGAUUCUAUUGCCUUGGUGCACAUCGCUGCACAUGGCAAUAUGGAAACGGGCGAGAUUGCCCUAGCGUCAACAAAAGGUGUGAAAAAGAACAUUUUGACGAUGAGAGAUGUACUGGGUGUUCAGAUGCGAGCAAGACUAGUUGUACUCAGUUGCUGUCAUAGUGCUCGUGGGGAGAUCAAAGCCGAGGGUGUGGUCGGUAUAGCACGGGCAUUUUUGGGUGCUGGUGCUCGUUCUGUUCUGGUGUCGUUGUGGGCGAUUGAUGAUAAAGCCACUUUGGAAUUCAUGAAAAAUUUCUAUCAGCAUCUUGUGAAAGGGAUAAGUGCUAGUGAAUCCUUGAAUCAAACAAUGAACUGUAUGAGAGAAUCUGAGGAGCUUAAUGCAGUCAAGUAUUGGGCACCAUUCGUGCUUAUUGGUGAUGACGUCACCUUGGAAUUUGGUGGGAACGAAUAG